UCCUCUCUUUAGGAUGAAGUUUCCCAGAGGCUCCAGAAUGUCAUGUCCUGUCCAUUCCCCUGUAUAGUGGACCUCCUGCAGAGCUGUGCUUGCCACAUGCAAAGACUUUGACUGUUCCAUGGCAUAGGCACAUACUGGGUACAGACAGUAGCCUACAGGAGAACAGCAUCCCUAUCUUUUAGCACUCUCUCUCUCUCCCCAAAAGUCUCUCAGGCCCCUCUAUCCCUCUCAGAGAGCCCCUCCCUGGGGCCAUGCCCAUCCAGCUUAAUGCCGACACCUCCUUCAGCUCCAAGCAGGAGCUACUGGACCUCCAGAACGGCCCCAUGGGCCCCUUCCUGGAUACACCCAGCCCCGUGGACUCUCAGGAGGAUAGCCCGAUGGGCUCAGGCCCUGGCAGCUCUGCUGGAGAAGGCCCCGCUGGCCACAUCAUCCUCACCAGGGCUACUGCCCCUCUGCCUGGACAGCUUUACAGGGGUGAGGUGCCCACAGAGACCCCCAUGGGCCUCAAAUUCAUCCCCAUUGACUCAGAAGGGCUGUGUGGCUGGGGGGCCCUGACGCCCCGAGCCAUCCAGACCUUCAACACCCCUCGCUGGCUGCUCUUCUUCCUCUGUGUGGCUUCCUUCCUCCAGGGCAUGAUCAUUAACGGCUUCAUCAACACGGUGGUGACCUCCAUAGAGAGGCGCUUUGACCUGCGUAGCUACCAGGCCGGGCUCAUCGCCAGCUCCUACGACAUCGCUGCCUGUCUGUGCCUGGCCUUCGUCAGUUACUUUGGUGGGACAGGGCACAAGCCUCGUUGGCUGGGCUGGGGGGUGCUAGUCAUGGCGUUAGGCUCUCUGGUGUUCGCCCUGCCUCACUUCACCACUCCCCCGUACCAUGUCAGCAUUCCCGAGCGGACAGGGGUAUGCACAGGGAACCGUACCAGCCCUUGCCAUGAUAGGGAGGGUGGGGGUCUGUCCAGCUACCGCUUUGUCUUCAUGCUGGGCCAGUUCCUGCAUGGGGUGGGAGCCACGCCCCUGUACACUCUGGGGGUCACCUACCUGGACGAGAACGUCAAGUCCAGCUAUGCUCCAGUGUACAUUGGUGAGUCACUAAGCACAACACUGACUGUAGGACCAUUGUUCUAUCUAAUCUUUUUUGGGACGUGUAUUUUCUCAGGUGUACUUUUCAGGAUUUAUGUGGUGCAUAUAUUUGUCAUCCAUCAGAGAAUAGUUUUCAUUGUGUUUAAUAAUGUUACAAAAUUUGAUUUUAACGUAACUAACAACACCAAAUGUACUGUGUCAAAGGACCUGUGAACUGUAGAUGACUUACUUGAUUUGCAUAUGGUCUAAACCAGGGGUACUCAACUCUUACCCUAUGAGGUCCGAAGCCUGCUGGUUUUCUGUUCUACCUGAUAAUUAAUUGCACACACCUGGUGUCACAGGUCUAAAUCAGUCCCUGACUAUAGGGGAACAAUUAAAAAAUCCAGUGGAUUUGAGUUUCUGGGGUCUAGACUUGCUUCUUGCUACUCUUGAAGUGUGCUGUGCUGCCAGUGUUUGUGGCUGCUGUGCUGACUGAUAUCCUGUGUGAUCUAUAACCCUGUGGUCUCGUCUCCAUUAGGUAUGUGACCACAUAAUGACCCACACUGCACAGCAGCAGUAAUCAGGAUGAUGUGAGACUUGUCAGACAAGUUAUAAUGACAGAAAACUAGUCCGGAUGAGAGCAGAGCCUGAUUCACUGAUGUGAUAGGUGAAUAGGUUGACCUUUGAGAUGUCACAUAUCGGAGAAUGACGUAGUAAAAAUAGGUUUUAGAUGUGAAAUCAUGCGUGUAGUGAGGAUUGUAUCUAAUGGUUCGAAAUGGCAGUAUUUAACUCUAAAACAGUCACAGACUGUUACACCCCUGUUGAUUGAGCUUGAUUGUAGAUUAAAGUUCUUCAAAUUGGAUGUGUGUGACGUUAUGUCUCCAACUGAGGUUCAGCAGAAACCCCUGCCAUCUGACGUUCCCUAUUGACCUGCCAUCAAGGAGGAUCAAUGUCACAUCCAGGAUGAGGCCUACAAUUUUGACCCUCUCACGCUCCCUUAGACUUCCCAUCUUUCCAUUCAGCAGUUUCACCACAGACAUAAUUUCAAAGGCAACAGAGGCAAUCGAAGACAAUCCCCACCUCGCUGACUCCAGUGAGGACUCAGUGAACGCACUCAGUCUGUUUCUGCGAGCUUAUCAAUCACAAUAAAACAACACAGAUGAAAACCAAACCAUCAAAGCAGGAACAAUGAGGUAUUUUUACUCAGUAGGAAGUCCUUAACUGACGCACACAGCUCUCCUCUGGUCUCUGUCUCCUCAGGGAUCUUCUAUACAGCAGCCAUCGUGGGUCCAGCAGCAGGGUACCUUCUAGGAGGAUACUUCCUCAACAUCUAUACAGAGGUCCAUAUGACGUGAGUACCUCAGUCAGUCUGUCUCCACCUACCAUACACCUGGACUAACCUCAGGGAGAUAGCUACUUAACGUAGCUGUACUUACCGUAUCUGAAUCAGUUGGACCCAUAGACUGUAUAAAAAUGGUUCACCUUAAAAGGGGAGAUGGCAGCAGAGCAAAACCUUUCUACAGAUAAAGAAUAGUGCCCUCUAGUGGCCAUUUGUAGUUUAACCUUUGCUCAAAUCCUCAAGAAAAAAAUAAAAAGCUCUCAACUUAAUUAUUGCCCUUCCCUCUUUGUCUCUUCUGUGCCCCUCCCUGUGUGUAGGACGGAGCUGACUCCAGAGAACCCUCUGUGGGUGGGGGCCUGGUGGAUAGGCUUCCUUGCAGGAGGGGCAGCAGCACUGGUCAUCGCCCUGCCCAUCCUGGGCUACCCACGCCAACUACCAGGUUACUUACCAAUUUACUGACACUUCACCAGCACCACAGAACACAGAACACAAAAAAAUCAGAUCAGCAACUAACUCAAUCUUUGCCAUCAACAUGAAUAUCUCUAUUUUCCCACUUCUCUCCAGGCUCUCAGAAGUAUGUGGCCAUGCGUGUGUCUGAGGCCCACCAGCUGAAAGAUGGCAGUCAGGCCAGUGCAUCAGACCCUCAGUUUGGGAAGUCAGUGAAGGACAUGCCUAGGUAGGUGACCCUACACUCUAGGGCACUAGAGGGACCACCAGAAAGCCCUACACUCUUACUUCAUAACUCUCACACAGAAAUAAGACCUAUAUAAGAUAGUGUAAUCCCUCCAUGCAUAGCUACUGUGUUUAUUAUGUGUCAAUGUAACACACUUGGGCUCAGAAAGCAGGCUGGUUCUCCAUGGCAAUGGGGGAUUACUGAGAGGAAACAGGACAGUGAUUACAUUGUAUAAUAUAUCAUGGUAGUAAAGUAUUUAUUUUCACUGUGGCUGUCUUUUCCAGGGUCAGGGAUGAACCUUUAAUUAAGAAGAUAAGAUCUUACUAAAGAGAUCUCUCUCGCGCUCUCUCUCUCACUCACUCUCUCUCACUCGCUCUCUCUUUCUCUCUCCAGGUCAGUGUUGCUCCUGCUGAAGAACCCUCCCUUCCUCUUCCUGUGUCUGGCGGGGGCCACGGAGGCCACCCUCAUUGCUGGCAUGUCCACCUUCGGCCCAAAGUUCCUGGAGUCUCAGUUCAGCUUGAGUGCAUCUGAGGCAGCCACAUGGUUCGGUGAGAGACUAUAGAAUCAGAUCACUAACAUUACCCCAUACACAAACAUGCACUUACAGCACGUUACAUAUUUGAAACACCACCUACCCCCUCCACCUACCCCCCUUCUUUUAGUCACACUACUACCAUUUAGCUAUUUAUGCUUCCAUCCUCAUCCAUCCUCAUCCAUCCUCAUCCAUCCUCUUCCAUCCACGUCCCUCACAUACACAUGGGUAUUAACCUUCCCUUUCCUCCCACCAGGCUACAUGGUGGUGCCCGCGGGCGGAGGUGGCACCUUCCUGGGCGGCUACAUCGUGAAGAAGCUGAACCUACGUUGCCGUGGCAUCAUCCGUUUCUGCAUGGUGUGUGCCCUCAUCAGUCUACUGGCCAUAUUCAUCUUCCUCAUCCACUGUCCCAACGUCCCUAUGGCCGGGGUGACCACUCCCUACCGCAGCAACCUGCCACCGGGCAAUCAGUACAACAAGAAUUACAAUGAACAGUACUAUGAGCAAGCCAACAACCUCCGCAACAGGUAAACCCAGACCAGGCCCAAUGGAGAGACAGACAAUCUGUGUCCAUUAGAAGGAAUAUUUGACAUUGUUUUUGUAAUGUUACAUUAUUAUAUGAUAAGGAUAUUUAGGUGAAAAUCAGGAAGAGCUCAAAAUUUUAAGAGACUAAAAAAGCAUACAGAGUAGCCCACAGUAAACAACACCAAUGACUCAACAUUAAAGCGGCACACAACCACUGAGUUUAUUACACAUUAGUUGAUGCCCUCUGGCUGUUGAAUGCUAAUGAAACAGAGAGGAGGCAGAGGGAUUGUACAACCCAUCAGGGGAGGAGAGGAGGGUCUGCUGUUUGACAAGUAUUUUACAGUUUAAAGAUUUUAGUUUGUCAGAUGCAUGUCUACGCUCAGUGUGAUAGUCAAGAUAUUCCCCCUCAAGCAAAUGAAUAUAUUUAGCUAGUCAACAACUAGACCAGCUCCUUAUUGUCCUACUCCAGUUCCAUUUCACGAAACAAUCAAGAGUUAGCCAUGGUACAAGUCUGUUUAGGUUACAUACCGCCAAAUAGUUUUGCAAUGACACAGAGUGCAAGGAGUGUAAUGUUAGCUAAACAGACUGGUACUCAGGCUAAUUAACACUAAUAACACAGUAGAAUAAAUACUACUGCAUACAGAGCAACAGAUAUUGAUUAUGGAUGUCAUAGAAAAUAACCUUUCAACUCUAUUUUUCUCUCCCGCUCUCUCUCAGCUCUUUGUUGGGGGGCAACCUGACGGUGGGAUGUAAUGCAGAUUGUCACUGUUUACGAGAGCUCUAUAACCCAGUCUGUGGAGCCGACGAUGUGAUGUAUUACUCCCCCUGCCACGCAGGAUGCAGCACAAUCAACCACACAGAGAUCUCAACAGGCAGACAGGUAACCAACCAAACCUUCAGCAAAGAUCUCACUUUGGUUAGAACUCUAAUUGUAAAAAUUGAUGGACAGAGUCUGUGUAACAGGUCUGUGUUCGAUGAAGACUAAUUAAGGAAGAUGCAUUAAAUAAAUGAGUUAAAUUAGAUACAAUAGUUAAUGAAUAUAGCCAGUAUACAUGUUGACUUUGACUGACUGUCUCUUCUGUCUGGUGUGUCCCUGUUCAGGUGUACUCGGGCUGCAGCUGUGUGGUGGGGGGGAAUGUGACAUCAGGGCUGGAGGGCCAGGCGAGGGAUGGGAAAUGUACCAGCUCCUGUAGUCACAUGUCAGCCUUCCUCACCUUCCUCUUCAUCAUCAUCUCCUUCACCUUCCUGUGUAGUAUACCAGCCCUCACCGCUACCCUCAGGUGGGUACGGAUCAGACCGACUACAGAGAGAGAGACCUCAGUGGUAUAGUCCUGUGAUAACCAGGCAUGAGAGAGAAACGUGUGUUAACUCUGACUCUAAACGGCUCUCCUCCUACAGGUGUGUUCCAGACAGCCAGAGGUCCUUUGGACUGGGGAUCCAGUGGAUUGUGGUGCGAAGUCUAGGUACUGUAUGUUCUUGUUGAAUUUGAUUUGAUUUCAUAAAUGGCCUUUUAGCCUCAAAUUCCCAACAACAAGCAUAAUAUGAUGUGAUAUGUUCUUCCUGAAGGUGGGAUCCCAGGCCCGAUAGCAUUUGGCUCUGUGAUCGACAUCUCAUGCCUGCUGUGGGAGGACCAGUGUGGAGAGCAGGGCUCCUGCCAUCUCUACCAGAACUCUGCCAUGAGCCGCUACACACUCAUCGCUGGCAUCAUCUACAAGGUAACUCAAGGCCUACACGUUGUCUGGGCUGAUAUCUAAGCCUGUUGCAGGGGCAUGAUUUUCUUUAUACUCGUAACCAGAUCAAAUGUUUGUUUAACUGAUAGAGAAUGAUAUUCUUCCUACUCUAACCAUAGUGCAUGUCUCAUUGUCUCCCUCCCUCCCUCUUUCUGUCAGGUUCUCGGCACGCUGUUCUUCCUGCUGGCCAGUGUUCUGUACAAGCCCCCUCCAGAGUCGCCCCAGAGCAGCUGUGAGAGCACCGACCACGGGCCAGUGGACAGCGGGGGCGAGACGGGGGACCUCCCGAUCAAGGACCUUCCACCAGAGAUCAUCGCCAAUGUACACACCAGGUUAUGAUGACUUCAGACUCCAUCCACACUGCACUGCAGUGUGUCUCACCCUAUAUCUCACCGCACAUGUAUGUGUUGGUGUGUGUGGCGUACCACUGCUUCCCCCAUCAUUGCCAGCCUGUGCCCGUCUCAUAGCCACUCCCAACACACAGACACAUCACCCCAGGGCAUGUCUCACCUACUGACCCCACGUUCAGCCUGCCCUCCACUGCCAGCCCACUGAAAUGGGGUGUGUGUGAUGUGAUGAAAGACUGAGACUAGGGUCACAG